CUUGAACAUAUAUCCCCAGCGCUCUCCUGCCUGUUGUCUCUGUCGGUGCGCUUCAAUGGACUAUCUUUCAGCCUAAUUCUCUUGAACCAUUACCACCCUAGAUGCCAGGUCGCCUCAUACUGCGGCGCCCGUCUCCGACGACCGUCUCAUUCACCGUUUCCAAUGCCUCCAGACACACGAGCACGGCAGCGAAGGCACUCUUCUAUCUCCAAAUAUUAUUGCGCGUACUAGCGCUUGUCUGCGUACUCCUCCUGGAUAUUGCUAAAUUCCGCCAUUCCUUGUUUUUGCAAGAUGGUUCCUGGAUACGUUGGACGACGAUGUGGUCGAGUUCAAUGGGGUCAUCGGUCUGUCGCGUCGCAGAUGCGUACAGCUCCCCAGUUGUGGUGUUGGCCAGCACGGUCGUGAUUUAUGGUGUUUUCAGAAAGGGAUAUACAGAAGAGUCGCUCCUGGUCAUUCGCGGUCUCGGUAUCCAAACGUCCACCUCCUCUCAGACCUAUCUAUCCAAAGCCUCGACGAGAUUUAUACCCACGACACAGAUCCAGGAUAUUGUGAUCCAUGAAGCUUUCAAAGGGUUCGAGGUCCGCUUCUAUCUCGCGGUUAUUGUAAAAGGUGAAAGUGAAGUAGUUGUGGUCUUCCCUAAACUAUUACCAAACCGACAAAUAUUGGAGGAGGUCUGGAGAGGUUCACGGCGAUGCCUGUACGAUUCAAAGUCUUAAUGCAGCCGGAAGCGCUUUUAGAGGAAAGACGGAACAAACAGACAUGGA